AUGCCGCCCGCGAAGAAGCGGCAGCGAACCACUGCCCCCACCGUGCAAGCUGCCAGGGAUUCCGUGAGCAUCGUUGAUGUUUCCCCAGUUCAACUCGCCCUGCGCGGCUGGGUUGAAAAGGUGCACGGCCUCCGGCACGUGGGCGAAGGCCACACAACACCUGACCAGCAGGUGCCAGGCUGGAAGGAUGUGAGGCCAGGAACAUUUCGAAAAAUUGCCCAGCAAGUUUGGAGCACUUCAGAUCGCUUGUUUGAGGGGUCCCUGGAAUUGCUGAAGAAAACGGGCUUCCUCGAUGAGUCCGCCAGCUUGAAAGACAUGCUGACCUCGUUCGUCAAACUCACAGUCUGGCCGCCGGAGCCUGGCCAAUUCUUCAAGACCAGUGUGCUGAUGUGGUCAAUGAAGGAUGAAGCUUUUUGGAGAGGAAGCUUUACUGCCCAGUCCGAGAUUGUGGACCUUACCAUGUCCAUUGGCUUGUCCCGGUUUCGGGAGGCGGAAGUGGUGUCUUUGCGCUUGCCCUCGGGCUUGGAUGCAGCAAAGCAUUUGGAUGCCCAGCCUGGAAUCUUGCAAUUUGAUGACGGCUCCCAGAAGACAUUGGGGGCCUUCAUGUGCUGGUUGGGGCUUAUCGCCGUCUCAAAAGACUUCAACAAGGAGGAUUUCCAACACCACAGCUUGCAGUUGUUGAUCAAGUCGCUCUUGAACAUUGCUACGGUUUUCAAAGAACCUACAAGUUUUGUCGGGGAUCCGUUGGACUCGCUUGUGGCCAGGGUUGUCAAACAAAACAGCGAUGCGAAAGUCCAACCCAUUAGCAGCUUCCAGUGGGCCGUGCUGCUCCAAAGCCUCCGUGCCUCCAGUGACGGCGACCAGCCGAUCACCUUGGAUGAGGCGCUAAAGCGAUACAACGAGCACCCGGAAGUGGUGGCCCAGGGGGGUAAGUUGACAGGCUUCCUCUCCGGCUCCGGGUCUAUGGUGAUCGACCAAAAGAAGUCGCGAGCCAUUCGCCACUGGAUGGAAAAAACCGGGCCUGCCACUUGGGCAUUGGUAGAAGCCUCGCAGCAUGACCAGCCCUUCAACCUUGGUCCCUUUGGAGAGGCCUUCGCUGGAACGGCGUCUAUGUUUGUGGGCUCAACGGUGGCCGGCUUCUCCAUCUUGGACACCGAGCUUGAGCCGCUGCAGGACGAAGGCUACAUUUCGCUGGAUUGGGCCCUUCCUUUGAGUGAAGCUGGGCAGUUCAUCCUCUUUCAGCGCGUGGUCACGGAUUUCCAGAAGGCAUCAGCCUUGGUAGACGCCGCUAGCAAGAAGAAGUACCGCAAGAAGGAUGAAGAGCUUCUUCAGCUUCGGAACCGGUGCGCCUUGUGGGGCCAAGUCCGUGACCACGUGGCGGCGGUGUCCAACGAGUCUUUUGAGCAGAAGGAGAAAAAACUUGCAGCCACAGACUUUCUGGAUGAUGACCUGGAGGAGCUUCUCAACCGACGGCCUCGCUGCUUUGCUCUGAGCAUGCUGCGCUCUGAACGGGAAGGCGCCCAAGAGCUCGUCCAGCGCCAAGAGGAGCAGGCUACCAUAGAAGUGGAAUCUCAACGCCUACAAGUGCGCAAUGCCAAGUGGGUCUUUUUCCAAAAGGCGCUGGCGCAGGACCACUUGGCCAUGAAGCAGGUGGACGCCGCCCCUGGCAAGCUGGCGAUGCUUCAGCACAAGAAGGAUGUUCAGUGGCGAAGGGAGCAGGGGGAACUGGGCCGAAAGGCCGUUGUAGCCUACAUGGACCGCUACGUGCGCAUUGUGAAGGUGCACCAGCCGGGCCUCGUGAAGCCGCAGCUCGUGGACUAUGUGGGUUACAUUGCCAACCUCCACCACGUAAGCGCGCAGGAAGUCCACAUAGUCGGCUUUGCCGACUUCAACAUCCCGAAGACCAGGGCGAAGGAGACUUGUCAGGAACUCUGCGCAGCCUUGGCCUUCAUCAACGCCAUGGGCGCCAGCAAGAAUGCGUGCCUGCUGGAAAUGCCGGACAUCCCUCGCGAAUCUGCCAAGCGUGGCUUGGCGGACGAGGAACGAUCAAUUCAGGACAACCUCUGGAACCAGCUUCAGCACUGUGAUUGUCGCUACAUCAUCAACUUCGAUGUUCCGCGGUGGUCAGCGGGCAGGAUGGUCGUGCAAGCGGACGCCUUGUCCGAGAACAUCUUUAUCAAUCACAGCGAGCUGGCAGUGGCCGGCCGUCCUCUUGGGGAACAGCAGGUGGUGCUGCCCCGACAGCGGGAUUUGCUACUUCCCGAGUCACUCCUCCCAGACAAAGACAUCCGAUUGUCUGAGCGGGCGAAGCCAUCGCCCGAGCAAGUUCGGGCGCAGAAAGGGCGAGAGAAGCACUCCGCCUCAUUGUGCUCGCUGUUGCAGCUUCCGGCCGGCAAAUGCUUCACAGGGCCCGUCGUCCUGGUGAAUUUGACGGGCUAUGUGGAGGAUAUGGGCGCUGCGGUGGUGGACCUGAAGAUGAAGCAGGACAAGAUCGGGAGCCUUCCCAGCGAAAAGCUGCACUACAUGAGUGCGCACUUCUUGGAGGAGCCGGAGUUCGGGAAGGCGCGGCUGAUGGCCGAACUUACUGACAUGUGGCUGGACAAGAAGUUGAACAUCGCCGGGCUGGGCUUCACUUCUGAGCCGCCGAAGAUUUCGCAGGACGAGAUCAACAAGAUCCCUGGGGCACUCAUCGCGACAGGCUCGAUCGACCGCUUGAAGCUUGAGGUUUGUUCGCGUGAGGGCGCUCGGAUCAUCAUCAAGCCAGAUGAGGACAAGUUCUGGUCUUCGCAAACCGGCACCAUUGCAGAGGACUACGCUGCCAUCAAGGCAGACCACGUGCGGGACUACGAGAACCUCCUGGCCAAGAUCGUAGAACCGUCGGGUCGUGGAUCCGGAGGAGAGACAGCAGACGCAGCGGGCAACGAUGACAAGGACGUGGCCGGCGCGGCGAUGAAGCAGUUCGAGACGCUUGAUGCGCUGAAAGCCGUGGACAAGAUCGAGGAAGAAGCGGCGAGCGAAGUGGCCGACGUCUCAAUCUGCAGGUGCGAGUCAGGCAAGGUGUUCCUGUACAGCAAGAAGGACAAAACCUUGCCCAAGUACUGCCAGAUCGGAGGAUUUGGCACAGGCUGCUACGUCAGCGUCAACGACCCUCAGGAGGGCGUGAAGUGGAAUGUCACCUCGGACAAGGUCAUUUGUCAAGUGGACGAUGCUACACUUCGCCCCGACGCAACAUCAGUUAGUGCCAUGACGCUCUACAAGCUCUUGCUGACCUUGGAGAAGACGAAGCGGAUUUCCAACCACAAGCUCAGCUACAUCGACGUGAAGAGGACCGAUGAAGCGGGCGGCGAGGAGAUCGACGGCUUCGAAGUGACGGUGCGGAACAGCCAGAAGUACCGGCCGAUGAAGAACCCCUCUGGCAAGGAGGAGAAGCCGAGCGGCAAAAAUAUUUUUGCUCGUUGCGUCCGUUCCGUGGAGGGUAGCACGCACAUUCAGGUUGCCUUUCGCUGGCGGUUCGAGAAGGUCGGCGGGAACCUGAAGGUUCAGAAGCCCUACGUGAUCACCUCCCAUGGCAUUGUUUUGACCAAGGACAAACCGGUUCAGGCAACUUAA